AUGGUACGAUAUUUGGAAUAUGAUGUCUUUUUUGUUUUGCGUAUAGAGUUCAUUUUAGCCGCACCAAACCGGAACCGAGUUCGUAUCCUCGCCAAAUCAUGCCCAGACAAUCAGAGCUUCAAAUCCAACGAUCCAGAUUCUUCACCGGAGACCACCAACGAAACCCAGGGGGAUCAGAAAUCGAUGUCACGGAGACAGUGGAUGAUGACGUGUGCGUGCUUAUCUCCAGCUUUAAUUACCAAUGCUUAUACCUUUGUCUCUGUACAAAACACAGCCGCUUUAGACAAGAAACCAGGUGUUUGCCAUGACUGUCAGGGCAUUGGUGCUCAUACACUAAUGUCAAGUUCAUUGACACCAUUGCUUCCCAGUGAUGCUGCGGAUCCUUUUGUUUGUUAUGUUCCAAAUGCCUACCAGCAGCCCUUUUAUUAUGGAUAUGGAGCGACUGGUCAAGAUUGGAGUGAGUUUACUGGCUGCAGCCCUAAUCUUGAGGGUGUCGACAUGAAUGCUGUAAGUGUGCAACUUAAAUCAGGGACAAAAACCGAUUUAAGUGAUAGUAUAUGGGUUACAACAAUAGAAUCCUUUGUAGAGAGAUGGCCUGCCGAAGUAAAGAGUCCUGAAAAGGAAUUUGAACGCGGUGGCUCUUUCUUGGCUGGGAAUUUUUCUUUCAAUAGGGUGAGAGUGUCCUUGGAAGGACUAAAUCCAGUAAGAAAACAUCCUGCCUAUAAGGAACCGUUAAUAACUAUUCUAAGAAGCCACCCGAUUGUGCAGCAUGAUAAUUUGAAUAAUAAAAGACGCAGGUGACUCAGUGAAACUAUGGGAUAUAACAAAGGGUUGUGAUAGAGGACUAUGGUAAGCAAUCCAUCAUGGUUUACUAUGGACACACAACUUGGAUGCUUAUCUUUACAUUUGGAGACUCCACAAUGCUUCACUGCUGAGAUGUAUUUAGCAGACCUCAAAGUUUCCGGACGACCUGAAGAUGAUAAGAUUAACCUAGGUCGUGAAACACUGAAAGGCCUGCUGGGUCAUUGGCUGGCGAAGAAGAAACACAAACCAAAACCCUAAGUUCUUGCCUCUGGAGAUAUCUAUCUGUAAAAGAUACCAAAAAUUUCAAAUAGUGAUUACAAACAAACAAGUUCAAAUAGCAUAUUUAAAUAAUGGGUUCAUUUCAUGCUUUGUUUUUCAACUCAUGUAACUUCUUUUUGAUAGUUAAAAACUCAUAAAACAAAAGAAAACUUUAUAGAUACUGGGUUUAUUUAAAUUACUCAUGACGAAAGUGUUUGUCCCG